AUGAUGCUACUUCAAGCAGAGAAUGAUAUGAAUACGACGGAGGAUGUACCCUCUUCAUCAUCAUGUUAUCAGCUCGCUCACAACAAUAAUUUUCAAAAUAAUUCAAACAUCAACAUUUUAAACACGAGCAAUAUUGAAGAUGGAUUCAUAAGCUCGCUGCGAGCGUGGAAUACUGAUUCGACAAACACGGGAUCAUUAACGGAAGAUCCCUUCACCUCCAUGCAAGGAAGUUCCAGCAACAUUUUAGUUACAGUUAGAGUGAGGCCCGAAAGUACUCGAGAAAAAGCGGAACGAAAAUCAAGCUCUAUUGUGAGAGUCGUGGAUAGAAAUGUACUUGUUUUUGAUCCAUCGGAUUCGGCACAAGGAUCACAACAGCAACGUAGAGCACUUGGAUUACGACGAGGAAAGGAAUUAAGGUUUGCCUUUGAUCGUGUUUUUGAUGAGACGGCCACACAACUUGAAGUAUAUGAAAACUCUGCAAAGGCACUUUUGGAGAGUGUCUUGGAUGGAUACAAUGCUACUGUAUUUGCGUAUGGAGCUACUGGUGCAGGUAAGACUUUCACCAUGUUUGGCUCAGAAAUCAGUGGACCUGGAAUUCUACCCUUAACCAUCAUUGAUAUAUUUCGAAUGAUGGAGAAACGAAAACAUGAAAAAACAUACCGAGUGACUGUUUCUUUUCUUGAAGUAUAUAAUGAGAAUAUUCAUGAUUUACUGGUACCUCAAAACGGAAAAGCAGUGAACCACGAAAUUCGUGAAGACAAAACCAAGGGAAUUGUGGUUUCAGGUCUUUCAGAGCACGAAUGUCACAAUGCCGAUCACGCUCUCGAACUUAUUCAACGAGGUAUUUCGAAUAGAACACAAUUUGGAACAGCAGCAAAUGCUCAAUCAUCACGAUCUCAUGCCGUUUUUCAAAUCAAUGUACAACAAACAGAUCGAACAGCUAAUAUUCAAGCAGAUGUUGGUGUUGGAAAACUCUCGCUCAUAGAUUUGGCAGGUUCAGAAAGAGCCUCUGUCACCAAAAAUCGAGGAGCACGACUUGUUGAAGGAGCUAACAUUAACAAAUCUCUUCUUGCUCUCGCCAAUUGUAUCAAUGCACUGGGAAAAAACAAAGGAAAGGGCUACGUCCCUUACAGAAAUUCAAAACUGACUCGUCUACUCAAAGAUUCCCUUGGAGGAAAUUGUAAAACUGUCAUGAUUGCUAAUUUGAGCCCAAGUGAUCUCUGUUACGACGAUACCUAUAACACUCUCAAAUAUGCAAACCGAGCUAAGAAUAUCAAAACAAUAGUUAAGAAGAAUAUUCACAAUGUCAAUUUCCACAUUACCAAAUAUCUGAAGAUAAUCGACGAGUUGCGAAUUGAGGUGCAAGAAUUGAAGAUUCAACUGCAAACCAAAGAGCACGAAUUGUCCACCAAUUCGCAACAGCAGAACGAACAAUACGAGAAGGAACGAGAAAGCACUGAAGAGCUGAGAUCAAGUCUCUCUACAGUGUUCCAAGAGCAAAUGACAAAUCGAAGAAUUUUAUUGGAACUCGAGGAACAGGACCGACAAAACUCUCUUCAAAUCAUGUCUAUUAAGAAUGAAAUUGAGAGGUGGUGCCGAGAGCAUCCAGGUGAAGAAAAACCACUUCGUAUUCAUACGCGUCAAAAAGACGCAGACACUCUUAUUCUUGCCAAGAGGGAAUACAUUUCAAAGAAGGAAGAAAUUGAACAUCACUUACAAGAGAACAUUUCCUGUGCCAAGUCCAUACAGGACCAUGUUCCCAAAAUCAUUGGCAAUAACGAGUUGAGACAAUUACUUGAUCUUCAAGUUAAGGUACACGACCAGGAAAUACUCAAUUUAGACCUCGAAAGAAUGAUCGACCAUCACAAAUCCAAAGCUCAAAGAAUGGCUCUCAUUUUGGAAGACGCUCAAUAUUGCUCUUCAAAAGCUCACGACGUCAUGCAAGACAUGUAUGAUCGUUUGAAAGAAACCAAUUCAUUGACGCCCGAGCUUGAGCGUGCAUAUAUGAUGGCCUGUAGCUUGCUGGAUGUUGUUGAAAAGCAACAUCAUGCUUUCCACGAAGGUAAUCAUCAAAAUGCAACUUCUGUUGGUACCACCAAUGCUUCAUGUUUACCACUCGAAGCUGAUUACGAUGCAAUGGUUGAGGAUGCUUUAAAAACUCCCAAAAACAUUCACACAGGAGCCAAGAAACGACGAAGCAGCUCAACGACCCAAUUCUCCUCCCUAUUCCAACUCUCAUUCCCUAACGUACCUACAGAAGAUAAGAAGGUGAUUACUCCUGAAGAGUAUGCUCAACAAGCUCAAUCCAAAUUGACUCGUGCAAGACGUCAACAAAAAACAGUGUCAAAUCCAACCAGCGUCAGACAGAAUAAUAGCAAUGAUCGAUCUUACAAUGGUAAAAAACAGCCCCUCAUUAACAAUUACCUGAUGGAAGAAGCUCCUUCUGUGGACACGACAAUGGCAAGCGAUUCAGGCUCAGAUAAAUCCAUAUCACCUCCAUUGUCUCCUCAAAUGAGUAAUCUCUCGCUUGUGGACAAUCAUUCACACCUACAACAACAACAACAACAGAAUACGGUAGUACUGACACCAGAAGAUGAAGAUCUCGUCAUGGAGGAUAUGAACGAUGGUGAGGACCACCACAAUAACUCGCAAUUAUUCAAAAAGGUAGGAGGUACUACUCAUGGCUACUCAUUCAAUCCAACCUAUCCAUCACCUUCAAAGAGGAAUAUCCACACGAGCAACCAAGUGUCGUCGUCGUCAUCAUCAUUGGAUCCCCAUGCUCACCGUCAUUUUUCACCUCUCAAGAAGAGUGCAGUAGAAGACAUUAAUGCUCUCAAGGAAAAGUUCGAGAAAUUCAGAACAGACUAUUUGGAAACAAAGCAUGUUGAGCAAAGCAAACUGAGACGUGUUCUCAAAAAAACAACUUCUCCAUCCAAAUCGCAGCCAGAACAGUCUCAUACGAAUCCUCCUCUGUCACCUAACCAAUUAAAAGGCACUAAGGCACGAAAAUUCGACGAUACAACCAAUGGUGUCCCUUCAACAGCAAAACGAAAGACCAAAAAGGUAAAAUUUGAGGGAGAUUCACCAACAUCUCCAAAACCUGUGCCAAGCUAUAUGGCUUACACUCAAUCUGCACAACAUCGAAUUGGAGCAACCACGGCCUCCCGAAGAAAGCCAUCCAUCCUUCCAGUGUCAUUUGCUGCUGAUAACGAUUGGAUUCUAGCAUUGCGGUCGAAUAAGGAGAAUGCACUCCAAUCGUCUUCGAAUUCGACUUCAGUUAUGGUUGGUGGUGGAGGCGCUGCGGUUCCAUUUCACCACAAUCCACAUUCAACACCCUCAACACUAAAAUUGAUGAGGAGAAUUGUUCCAACUCAUUCAUUCCCUGGCACAUCAUCAUCGACGAGUGCAACAACAACAACAGCACAUCAUCACGUACCCACCACCAGCAAUCAUGUUGGGACUGCCAUGAUCUCAUCCAUACCACUUCCUUCCACACAACAACAAGUCACAAUUCCACACAAAGACUUUCUUCCAACAUCUCCUAGAGGAGCUACCAUCAGGUAA